GUCCAAAACUCGAGCCAAAAUGCUGCAGGAACACUUGAAGAAACUUCUCAUCUUAAAUAUAAUAGCUGCAACAAUAGCAGUUCCGGAUUUCACGACCAACUGCCCGAAAGAAUGCAAAUGCGUCUGGGCCAGCGGCAACAAACAAGCGGACUGCUCCAAAUCAAAUCUACAAGAUAUACCAAAAAAUUUAAGCUCCGACAUUCAAAAUCUAGAUCUCAGCGGCAACAAUUUCUACGAAAUCACUAUGUACGCUUUCGAAGACACGAAACUGAUCAAUCUCAAGAAACUCGUACUAAGAGAUUGCAAACUGAAAACGCUACAGAAAAACGCCCUGAGCGGUCUCGCAAUCAUGAUCGAACUGGAUUUAUCCAAGAACGAAUUGAAAACGCUGUACGCGGACACAUUUACAGACGCGAAGAAAAUCCGAUGGCUCUUUUUAAACGAUAAUCAAUUGGAAAAAUUAGAGGACGGACUCUUUAACAACUUUGAAUACCUCCAGAAAGUGGAUUUGAGCAAUAAUCGCAUCGCCACAAUCGGAAUGAAGACUUUCCUUAACGUUCCCAAGCUGAACACUUUGAGCUUGAAUAAUAAUAAAUUGGAAAGAUUGAAGAUAGACGCGCUGAGUGCAUUAACUACGUUAUCCAACUUAGAUGUGCACGACAAUCCCUGGCGAUGCGAUUGCUAUCUGCAGCCUUUCAGAAACUGGGUUAUCAGCAAACAUCUUUAUACCUCCCCGAUAUCGUGUGCUGAGCCAGCCAAAGUCCAAGGAAAAAUGUGGAAGGAAUUAGACAGCAGCGAUUUUGCGUGUCGACCGAGUAUUGUGUACCCAUCAACAAGCACGACCCUUCGGUCCGCCGACACAAACAUUACCCUUUCCUGUCAAGUCAACGGCAACCCGCUACCCGACGUAAAUUGGGUAUUAAACGCCCAAAUAAUUGAUGGCUCUUAUAAGUACCAGGGCGAAGUUAAAUACUACUUGUCAGAGAGCAGUUACGAAAGUAGCAAAUGGGUCAAUUUAACUAUCGUAGACGCUGGCAGCACCGACAACGGGGAGUAUUUAUGCGUUGCCAAAAACGCUGGAGGAGUCGAGGAGAGAAACUUGACUCUAGUUGUGAUGCACACAGUACCAGAUUUGAUAGUUCCUAGCGGUAUGGAUAAUAAUAUGUUACCAGUUCUGAUAGGCGUGUCAUGCACGGCAGCUAUUCUAUUAAUAAUUCUAGUCAUUUUGUGCUACUGUUGCUGCAAGAGACGAGGCUCGGAUAAGAAAGCUGAAGCUUCUAAUGGAGAAGCUUUGAUAGAGGGCUCUGUGAUACCAGAAAUGGAGAAGAGUCUAAUUACUGCCGUAAAUCCCGUCACAAAACCUCCUAGGAGGUACGACGUCCCGCCUUCGAUUACCAGCGGAGCCACGGAGAUGUCAGAAUUGAAUAAAACAUUGCUGGACAAUGAUUCUGUAUUCGCGCAUAAUGACGACGAAAAACGCUCUCUCGACUUCGAUCAUCCAACGAAACGAUCUCAAGAUGGCCUCAACGUAGAGUACGGUCGUACUCCCGAUCUGCUCAUCUCUUUCCCGCCGAGAGCUGCCCAGAUAUCACCGGCAGCGAGCAACGCGUCCACCGUUCCUGACACCACGAGAUUACCGCCGCAACUCAACCCCGUUAGUCCAAUCCACUCUCCAAUCUACGGGAUGACGACCAACCAGAACUUGUUCCGAACGCUACCAUACUCUCGAUCACAGUCCCCAUUCACGGCUCCCAUCACGCCCCCAGUCGUCACGCCCAGACAAGGAUACGUCACCAUCCCGCGAAGACCAAGGGUACCCAGUUGGUCUAGCACCGCUAGCACCCAAAUCCUUCCCAGCAGUGAAGCUCAAGAGCCGUUGUACGACAACCUGGGCUUACGAACGACAGCUGACGGCUCGAUACUGUCUCUGAACAAAACCGGAUUAGAAGCGCAGUUUUCGCCGAUGAGGAACCGGCCACUGCCAGCUACUCCGAACGCUUUCCAAAGCCCUCAUCAUCCUCAAGUAUACUACGCGCCGAUUGAGGAGCAAGAACCAGCGCCAUCUCCCGUGCCGCAAUACAUGACUAAUCCCAGAAACAGCAUCGCGUCUCAGCUGUCCACACCAGGUCCUCAAGAGCCGACAAAUCCCAGAAUGAGUUGGACGGCUAAAAACACCUCUACGCCCCAACCUGAGCCUCGAAAGGCUCUAUUCAGCACCGGCUCCGACAACCAAUCCCACGUGUCAGACAGCAGCACUUUGAGUAGAAAAGGAAAGCCCGAGACUGGUUCAUUGAGACGGAACCCGAAGAUCGAAAAGAACGAGGUCCCAAAACAAUCCCCAACGAAAACCUCGCCGUCCAAAGACGACACAAGGAAGAGUGAAGCCAACGUGUCCUUGAACCAAUCCGGGACUUUGGGAAGGAGUGGGAAGAUUCCACCGCGGCCCCCUCCUAAGCCGAAGAAAAAGCCUCCGACUGAGGUGAACCCUACGGAACCCCUGUUCGAAGACGAGGGCGAGGACGGCACCGAAGUGUAGUAGUGCGGGACAGUGACCGAACCAAAGUGCCAAGCCUAGCAGUUACGUCACAACAGUGAUAUCAGUGAUCAGAGACAGCGUGUAAUCGAAAUACGAUUUCCCUUCACGGUGCUCGUGUAAAUAACGAUUGUGCUAGAUUUUUUACCUAUUGCGUACAAUUAAAACCCUAUGGACCAUUAUUAAGAGUUUUUAAGUGUUUAUUGUAAUUAGCGUAUUAGUUUACACAGCAAAUUGUACACAUGAGUUUCUUUUAAGUAUUUAUUAUUACGGUACUAUUGGUUAAGGCAUACGGUAGCUACUUUUGCCACAACGACGUUCUGCAUGCAGUUCAAGACUGAUUUUUCUAAAUUGACAGCUUGUUUUUACAUUCCCUUAUACAUUCGCGUAAAUCGAAUUCCAGUUUGGCUUACCAUAGUUCUGCUAGAAUGGUUUGACUAACUUUAGCAUAUUUGUCGAAGACUGAUAAAUGAUUAGCCGCUUUUGGAUUAUUGAUGACGUCAAUAUCCACUAAAGCGUUACGUCAUUGGUUUUUAAAUCAUUUUCAUUUGAAUAUCUGUACACGUUGCAUUGUUUAGCAGCUAUUUUUAUGAAGUUAAGUUUGUUCUUAUAUCAGUAUUUAAACAGGAUUUCACUCAUAUUAACUUGGACGAUGUAAAUAAUUUAAUUAAGAUUAUGAUAAAGGUCAACAAUGAUAAGACACGAACAAAUAGAAAGAUCUCAUUUAUGAAGCACACAAACCACAAUGAUGACAUUAUAUUGGUUACUAAGUUUACAAUAUGCUUCGUGUAUAGAUAUGAGGUCGUUUAAAGGCGUUUGUGUAUAUUACAUACAUGACAUCGUUUUAAAAUGUGUUUGUUUUGUGUAUAAACU